AUAUGAUUUUUGUUUUGCUACAUCCGCGCCGCGUCCAGCCGCUCGCAUGUGCUUCCCCGACGCUGCAAGGACCAAUUUUUAACGUAGCCAGACAGUUUUUAAUGCAUAAACCAUGCUCGAGUGCUGUUUGACUUCGUGCGAGCAGCGGGGGCGCGUGGAUGGCUACGGAAACAAGGUGUCUUAUCACGCUCUGCCCAAGAACUCCCGCCGCCGGAAGCUGUGGCUAGCUGCCCUUGGAGAGAAGCUGCCUUCAAACUGGACCAAAGUGCGGAUCUGCUCUGGGCACUUCAGAGAUGAGGACUUUGUGCCUGCUGUUCAGAACGGCCGCAGACUUCUCCCAACGGCGGUACCCCGUGUGUGCCUCUACAAUGCACACGGUGAUGGUACCACUAUGUGCUACCCCGACGAAGUGACAUCGCCCGAUCCGGUUCCAGAGGUGCCCGAGCCGAAAGACGAAGCGGAGGCUCCUUGUUCCAAGGACGAGAUCGCACGUCUGAAAGAGCAGCUGCAGGCUUCAGACAUGAUCAUCGAGAACCUACAGCAGCAGAUCUAUCACCUUGAGCACAAGUGCUUCGAACUGGAGGUGACGUCCAAGAAAUUCUGCCUCGAAACACUCAAGACGCUGGAGAAGUGGUGUGAGCUCAUCUAGUCACUGACCACUGUGCUAUUUUUUUUUCUUCUCCAAGAAUAUCGCAGUUAUCUGAUGUGUGAAUGUGACAGACUGCACAGUGUGGUGCAAAGUUCAAUGCCUUCAUCGCCGUCUCCGUCGGCAAGGGACUUACUUUCUUGUUGCUUGUAGUGCCUCCGAGUGAUUACGCAGGUGAGGCACAUACUCAGGAUCCUUCAUUGUUACAAGUCUUGAUAACAAUAAAGCAUGUUCACGUUUCA